AUGUCUAAAAAAGUAUCUUUACAAUAUAGUAGCAUAAAAGAUCUACAGCAAAAGACCAGAAUCAAUUACACUGGGAAAAAGCCCUCAGAUAUUUACAAAAGGCUCCCUGAUAUGUAUAAUCUGGCUGAGAAUGCCAAGUUACAAGGAGAGGAGGAGAAGCAAUAUAUCAUGUUAAAAAGAUGGAUGAACUGCAUUGAUUGGUUGAAAACCACUCGAGAAUAUAGAGAUGACAGAACAUUCUUGAAUAUGCAUAUCAAACAGAUCAAUGAAGUAAAAAAACUACUUGCAGACUUGAAUCAAAGAUUAGAUGCACGAUACAAACUGCAGUUGAAAGAGACGACAUUGGAGAAGAUUAAUGUAGAAAAAAUGGAUGUAGAUAACGAAAGAGGAAUAGAUGCUUUUAUGACUUCUGUUGAUGGUCCUAUAAAGUUACCUGAGACACCAACCAGGGAUCCAUUGGUCAGUGAUAAUGAAGAAAUUAUAAACUGUGAUCAACUAUUUCAAUUAAUACAAAAAGCAGAUAGUAGAUAUUUGAUCAUUGAUAUCAGACCUAAGCUGAAAUAUGAAGCUUCAAGAAUAUUAUCUGACAAAUCUGUUAAUAUUCCUAAUACCAUAAUAAAACCUGGCAAAUUAACAACGUAUUUUGAAGAAUAUCUUCGCAAAGAUAAGAAAUCUCUAGACCUGUUUAAACAUAGGGCAGCGCAAUAUGUCGAUGUUAUAAUCCUGACCGAUUGGGAUACAUCGAGCAAAACAUUGACGCCUGAAAACCACUUAAAUAUACUAAGGAAAAUUUUAGAAGAUUGGGAUCCUGGUAUAAAAUAUAAAAGAAUUACAAUUUUGGAUGGUGGUUACGCAGAAUGGUUAACUCGUUAUCCAGCAUUUACAACAAAUCCUAAUAUUGUAGAGCCUAGUUUACACGACAUUGCAGACGAAAUAUUAGAUAACAUAGAGUACCCUGAAUUAAUACAUUUAGACGAGGAAGAAAAUAUUAUUAAGUCACGUGAAAAUAAACUAAUUAAAUUAAAGCCAGUAAAUAAGAACGAAAUCGCGUCGAAAGGUAGCAUUACUAAUGAUAAAAUGUGGUACAAACACAUGGACCCAGAAAUAAGUAACAAUAUUACUAUGCGCUCUAAGAAUUUUAUGAAUAGUUCUAUUGAAGUAGAUAAAGUCCCAAAAAGCAACACGAGUUCACGACACUACGAUAAUAAUUCGUUGAAUCUUCAGCAUAAGAGAACAUCGAAUAUUAUUAGGAAGAAUGACACGAAACCAAUAGUAGAUAGAAGUAGCAAACCAGUUUCCUUAGACACUUCAGAAUCAAAAAUAGUUUUGAAGUUAAUGAAACAGUUAAAUGAGUUGGCAAAGAAUAAGCAGGACUUGGAUCAAGAAAUCUUAGAACAAGAACGCACUUUGUACAUGCAACAUGAUAUUAAGUACAAAGGUUCGAAUGAGGAGGAAUAUAUUCACAGUAAUGUAAAGGCUUUGCACUCUAAAUUGGAAGAUAAGCAAAAAGAAUAUAAGAAAAUCGAAGAUGAACUUACCAAAUAUUAUGGAAAAAUGGAAUCAAUUAAAUUUAAUCCUACAGAGGAAAACGAAAAGGGCAAUCUCGAGUUCACCCUAGCUUUACUGAAACGGCGAAUGAAAGAUACUUCUGCGGAACGAAAAAAGUUACGAGAAAUAUCUAUGAAAAAUAAUUACAAAGAAUUAUCGAUAAAAGAGAAUGAAAAUAAUAUCCAUAAGGAACCUCUGAAAAUGGAUAGUACAUCAAUGGGAGGAAAUUUAGAGCGUUCGUACUCCAGUCCAAACUUAUUACAGUUGACGGAUCGUAAAGCACCGCAAGUAGACAGAAGCUCGAAGCCACAAGUCUCGUCGUACAAUCAUAAUGGGACUUAUGGCGAUAAUAAAAUGUCCCAUUUGAGUUGGGCGAAUCGUGAAGAAAGAAUGACACCUGUUCAUGGAAGUGUUUAUCCAGGCAUUACAGGGUUAAAGAAUUUAGGCAACUCCUGUUACAUGAACAGUAUUAUACAGUGCUUAAGUAAUACCACGCAUUUAGCCAAAUACUUUAUGGACAAUUUGUACGCUGAUGACCUAAACACCAAUAACGAUAACAAUACGCAAGGCCAGGUUGUGGAAGAAGUAGCUCAAGUGAUUAAAGCACUCUGGAGAGGUCAAUACAAGAGUAUAUCGCCACAUGAUCUUAAGAUCGCCGUGGGACAAUACAAAUUACAAUUUGAAAGUUACGAACAACAAGAUUCUCAUGAGUUCCUCACUUUUCUUCUAGAUUGGAUGCAUAACGAUCUAAAAAAGAAUUGUAAAGUGCCUCUGGAAAUGACAGUCGCCGAGAAAGCCUGGGAUAAAGCGAUGGAUUCCCAAAAAUCCAUAAUAUCAGACUUAUUCUUUGGACAAUUAAGGUCUACUAUCACGUGCAGCUUUUGCAAGCAAAGUAGUACCACGUAUGAGAUGUUCAACAGCUUGACGAUGUCUUUACCUCAUGCCAAUCGGUGUACAUUAAACGACUGCAUUUUAAAAUUUGUAAGUGGACAGAAGGUAGUAGGAUGGAAGUGUCCAAAGUGCCAGACACCUCGAGAAGCUACGAAGAAAUUCGAUUUCGUGAAAUUGGCGCCUAUUAUAGUUAUACAUUUAAAUCGUUUCGCCGAGAGUGGUGGAUGGCUCGAGAAACGAAACACUGCUGUGGAUUUUCCACUCACAGAUUUCAAUUUGAAACCAUAUUUGGUGGCGGAUAGUAACAGUGCUGCGAUUUCGAAUAUUCGCAGUUAUAAUUAUAAUUACAGUUUAUAUGCAAUGUCUAACCAUUAUGGGACCAUGGAAGGCGGCCAUUAUACGGCCUUCUGUAAAAACGCGACCCAAAAUAAGUGGUAUAAAUACGACGAUCAAACAGUCACGGAAGUUACGGUGAAUCAAGUAAGGUCUCAGAAUACCAAUGCCUAUCUCUUAUUUUAUACAUCUUUCUCAAGCAACAUUAUGUAGUAUUAAUACAAAGAGCUGACUUAUUACUUAAGGCCAUGAAUGUUCUAUGACGAUGUAGAUAAUUGAAUAUUUUUUGUAUGUACAUGUAUGAAGUUUAUUAUUUAUGCGAAUGUAUACACAUACAAGCACACAAUACUACGACGUCAUGAUGGGCUUUAUUGGUGCUGGGAUACGUUAACAGUAUGUAAAUAAAUAGCGUUGAACUGAAAUUUAUUAUUUCGAUAGUAUUGAAAUUAUAUCACGUGAUAGCGAAAUUAGUGAAGCAAAAAAAUUAUAUAUUAUAAAAGAAAAUUGUAUCUAGCACGCAUUGCAGUCUGUAUUCUAUUGUGAUUAUGUGUUUCAGUAACGUCGUUACACUCAGUACCUUAAUAUGUUGUAAUAUAAAUAUUUUACGUCGAGUUUGCAUUCUUUAAACACGAAUGCAACACGUUCCUCAUUCAACGCGAUAAUUUUAUUAUCGAUAACUUGUAAUUUUGUUAAUUUACACAUUGUAUAAAGUUAUUUAUAAUCAUUUGUUCAUCGUUCUUGUGUUAUUUCGAGGAUAAACAAACUAUUCAGAGCAUAAAGUUUGUUGCGAUUGUGUAUUUGAUGCGUGAAUUCGACAACGUAUUAUGUCAGCAUUUUGCAACUUAUUUGCAAAUUCAAUAAGACACAACGAUUUAUUAUUAUUAUAUGUAAUGAGAAAUGCAAAGAAAAGUAAAAGUAAUAAGAAAAAUUAAUACUUUUGGAGCACAUGUAAGCAACUAUAUAAUAAAACAGUUGUAAAAUACUGUUUUUAUAUGACAUUCGAUGAAUGUGUAUAGAAAAGAGAAAAAAAAAUAAAUAUUUGAAGAUACUGUGUUCAUAUAUUAUCAAUGCUUACAAAAUUAUUGUUGAAUAAUUGUGUAACAUCUAUCGGAUACGAAUGUCUCCAAAAAGUGCCAUCACUAGUUCGCUUAUUUUGUACAUGAAAUAAAAACUUUCAAGCUUA